AUGAGCGAAAAGUAAAGUGUAAAGCAAUACAUCUAAGGGAAAUUGGAUCUUCUUGAAUUUAUGAUUGCUGAAAAAUAAGCAAAUGUGAAGAGACAAGAGGCAUAGAGAAACGAGUUAAAUAGUUUGGUGAGGUAAGUUAAGGAGGAAUUGUCAGCCAUGCAGGAGCCUCAUUCAUAUGUGGGUGAUGUUGUUAAAUAGAUGGGGAAGGAUAAAGUCUUAGUGAAAGUGAAUCCAGAAGGGAAAUAUGUUGUUACAUUAGACAAGUCCAUUAAGAUUGAAGAUUGCAAACCUAAUACUAGAGUUGCCUUGAAGAGUGAUUCAUAUGUUUUGCAUAAGAUUCUACCAACAAAGGUGGAUCCUUUAGUUUCAUUGAUGAAGGUAGAAAAAGUGCCAGAUUCAACCUAUGACAUGAUAGGUGGUUUGGAUCAAUAAGUGAAGGAAGUUAAGGAAGUCAUUGAAUUGCCUAUCAAACAUCCAGAAAUAUUUGAAAGUCUGGGAAUUGCUUAACCAAAAGGUGUAUUAUUAUAUGGACCACCAGGGACUGGAAAGACCUUGUUGGCUAGAGCCAUUGCACAUCAUACUGAUUGCACAUUUAUUAGAGUAAGUGGAUCAGAGUUGGUACAAAAGUAUAUUGGAGAAGGAGCUAGAAUGGUCAGAGAAUUGUUUGUUAUGGCUCGUCAGCAUUCACCAUGCUUAAUUUUUAUUGAUGAAGUAGAUUCAAUUGGAGGGGCUAGAAUGGAAGGAGAAAGAGGCGGAGAUUCAGAAGUGUAAAGAACUAUGCUGGAACUAUUAAAUUAACUUGAUGGAUUUGAAUCAACACAGACAAUCAAAAUUAUUAUGGCUACAAAUAGAAUUGACAUAUUGGAUUCGGCUCUAUUGAGACCUGGAAGAAUUGAUAGAAAGGUUGAAUUUCCUAAUCCUGGAGUUGAUGCAAGAUUGGAGAUUUUAAAAAUUCAUUCAAAAAAAAUGAAUUUGAUGAGGGGAAUCGAUUUAAGAAAGAUUGCAGAGGUGAUGCCAGGUGCUUCUGGUGCUGAAUCUAAGGCAGUUUGCACCGAAGCUGGAAUGUUUGCAUUAAGGGAACGAAGGAUUCAUGUCACAUAGGAGGAUUUCGAGAUGUCAGUGGCUAAGGUUAUGAAAAAGGAUAUUGAAAAGAAUAUGGCUAUCAAUAAAAUGCUUAAGUGA